AUGAAGACCAAGUGCUGUAGUCGAUUUGUGUUUUGCUCCAAGACAACCAUCUAUACCUUUCUGCUUGGAGGAGUGUUUAUUGCAUUGGGCUCAAGUCGAAUCCUCCUGAUGAAGUAUUCUGCCAAUGAAGAUAACAAAUAUGAUUACCUCCCUACAACAGUGAACAUAUGUUCUGAAGUAGUAAAACUGGUCCUGUGUGUGGUAUUGGCAUUAUGGGUUAAGAAAAAAGAAAAGGGUUGUUUGGAUCAUCCCUUUGAAUGUCUUUCCUGGAAGAAUUUUUGUAAUUCCAUGAAAUGGUCAAUUCCUGCCUUUCUUUACUUUUUGGAUAACUUGAUUGUCUUCUACGUACUGUCCUACCUCCAGCCAGCAAUGGCUGUACUCUUCUCAAAUUUUGUCAUUAUAACAACAGCUCUUCUCUUCAGGAUAGUGUUAAAGCGAAAACUCUCUUGGGUACAAUGGGCAUCUCUGGUGAUUUUAUUCCUGUCCAUCGUUGCCCUGACUCUAGGAACUGGAGGUCAUCAGCAAAGCUUGGCUGCACAUGGAUUCCAUCACAACAUGUUUUUUAGGCCAUCUAACCACUGCCUUCUCUAUACCGGACCUGAGGAAGCAUGCCUGGAAAAAGGCAACUGCGUAGCACCAAGUUUCCUUCCCAGCUUCCAGUGGAAUGUCACCAGUACCAUGGCAGGAGCAUUGAAACCUCUCCGCCUCAGCCUGGGCCAUCUGCUUAUUUUAGUGCAGUGUUUCGUUUCUGCUCUGGCUAACAUCUACAAUGAAAAGAUCUUGAAAGAUGGGGAUCAGCUUGCUGAAAGCAUCUUCAUGCAGAACAGCAAACUCUAUGCCUUUGGGGUGCUGUUUAAUGGGCUUAUGCUGGGGCUGCGGGCUAAGGACCGGAGGCAGAUAGGGAAUUGUGGCUUCUUUUAUGGGCACAACAUUUUCUCGGUGGCUCUCAUAUUUGUUACAGCUUUCCUGGGGCUGUCUGUAGCCUUCAUCUUGAAGUUCCGAGACAAUAUGUUCCAUGUUAUGACUGCUCAGAUCACCACUGUCAUCAUCACUGCCGUCUCUUUCAUCAUCUUUGACUUCAGGCCUUCUCUAGAGUUCUUUUUGGAAGCUCCUGUAGUGCUUCUCUCAAUAUCCAUCUAUAAUGCCAGUAAACCAAGAGGCCUGGAAUAUGCCACUCUGCGGGAAAGGGGCAAACUUGUCAAAGGAGAUGCAUGGGAGAGGUCAAGCGGGGAUGGAGAAGAAUUUGAGAGAUUGAACAAACCAAGCAGUGACAUCGAUACAGAUGAAGAUUCUCUCUAGCAUGAGGCUGGCUCAGAGGAGUGCUAUUACUCAUAGUGAGAGAAUGUUAGUGUUUUAUUAACAUAGGGCAGGGUCAUUUUUCCCCACUUGCAGAGCAACUGAGACUAUUUUGGGGCUGGAUGUCAGAGGUGUGGAUAAGGAAAACAUUCAAGCCAUAUAUAUAUGGAGAGUUGUAUUCCUUUUUCCUAUCCGUGUAAAUCAGGAGUUCAAAAUCUGCUGAAAGAAACAAAAUUUGUAACUGAUGCAAACAAGAAGAGGCUUGGACCCUGGACUCAGUGGUCUGGGUGACAUGUGCUGCAUUGUGGAAAGCAGUCCUGGACUCUAACCAUAUGUCUUUCACUGCUUUGGUUGACUGUCCCAAGUCACUGCACCUUCCUGUAUGAAUUGCUUGGUUAGCAAAGCAGAGAUAAAACUGUUCUCUACCUUGCAGAAGUGAUAUGAGCGUUGAUUAAUGUUUUUGCUGCAUCUUCCAAUGUACAAAUGUUCCAGUAAGUUUUCUUUUCAGGACUUAAGAUGUUACUAAUAACCUCAUAAAUAAUGAGGCAUAUUGACUGUUUUAUUGUAUUUUGGCAAUUCAGAUUGACAUAUCCCUAGCUGAGUAAAAGAGUCCCUCUUAACCAACCUCAUCAAACUUUCACUUGAGAAUGUAUAAUAAAUAAUUUGUGUUAAGGGUAUGUUGAUCCUUCAAACAGGCAGAUCUCUAUAGUGUGAUUUGAGUUUGAAUGGUCUUAAUUCUCUCUUCAUUCCUGUUUUUACAUCAGUGUAACUCUGUACUGACUCCUGUGGAGUCCUUUCUGAUUUUCUCUGUUGUGACUGAGAGCAGAAUAGAUUUCACUGGCUUCAGCCACUAGUUCUCCUCACAUUUUCAGUGUGAGACUGUUGUGUGCCUGUCUCCCAGUGUCUGGGGAAAUGGAAAUCUGGAAUGCCUUUGUAGCAGAUAGUGAAUUUUACAUGCAACUUAUGUGGCCUAAAUUUGAAAGAGCUUGAAUAAAACAAAAGUGUGUUAUACAGUAGGAAUGCAUCAUAGGGUCUUUUUUGUGUUUAGAAAGGCUAUGUGUAGGGGCUUAGCUUGCACUGAGGUCACUAUCUGAAAACAAAUAUGCAGCUACAGUGAUGCCCUUCAACUUCUGGAGCACUGAGCAAGAGGGUGCAGGUGGUAGUAUCA